AUAUCUUGCAACAAAGGCGCGUGUAUAACAUCUAUUGACCGCGGGCUCAAAAACGAUCCGGCCACUCGAGGGUUCAUCUUUUACGGGACUGACCUGCGCGCUGACGACCUACCACUCCCGCGAAGGCCCUGGGACGAGUGGGCGCUUUUUCACGAGGAGUCGCCUAAAAACAAUUGGAUGUUGACCUUCGAGGACGCGCUCGUGCUUUUCAAUCACACAGCAACAUUUCGACGAGAGUCUGACUACCCUCUGUCCACUCAUUACAUCAAAGAUCUUGCCGACUGGACGGAAACGCCCGCAGUACCAAUUGAGGAGAAAAACAGAUUACAAAAGGAGGAGAGCCUGGCGCCGAUUAUCUACGUGCAAAGUGACUGUCACACCCCGUCAGACCGUGAGAGGUACGUGAAGGAACUAAUGAAAUACAUCGAAAUUGACUCGUAUGGACGAUGUCUCAACAACCGUAAAAUGCCUGAGGAGAUUGAUGGCUUUCUAAAGCUUCAAAGUCCAGAUUAUUACAAGUUCCUCGCUCAAUACAAAUUCAAUAUCGCCUUUGAGAAUGCUGUUUGUAACGAUUACAUGACGGAAAAGCUUUUCCGGCCGUUCGAGGUAGGCGCGGUGCCUAUUGUCAUGGGGUCCCCGUUGGCGAAAGACUGGAUGCCAAAUGAGAGAUCAGGGAUCUUUGUGAACGAUUUUAAGCAUCCAAGAGAACUUGCUGAGUUUAUAAGACAUCUCAAUUCAAAUGACGAUGAAUACGAAAAGUAUAUGGCUUACAAGGAUCCCAAGCAUAUCACGAACGAGUUUCUGCACAAAGCGUUGAAGGAAAGACCUUGGCGUGUGUUAGGAGAAUGGGACAAAGUGAAUUUUGGGCACCGUAUGUAUGCAGGGUUUGAAUGUCAUGUUUGUGACCGCGUUAUUGAGCGACAAGAGGCACUGCGGGCGCAUCACUUGGAUCCAAGCAAAAACCCACCCCCUCCCCCUCGUACUGCUAGUAAGGAGCACCUGGCCUGUCCUGAGCCAACUGUUUCCAUAGCGACUGAUGAGAGGGUAAACAAGAGUGUUAACUUCUGGGAAGGGCUUUACGAAGCUCGGGCGCUCAAGAAAAUGUUGUUGGCGGGAGAGACAGAUACCACAAAGUUUCUGUCGAAAUACUUGAAGAGAUUAACAGACAAAUAUGAUCAAUGGGUUCGUUGACAAUUUUUGGAACUCAUUAAAUGAUAGGUAGAGUGUUGCAAUGUUUCAAAAUCAUAGUUAAGUGGAAACAUAAGGGCAAACCUCUGACGCUCAGGGAUAAAUGAAUGGCUGGAUGGAUAGACGAACGGAAGAAGGGACGGCCAGAUUUAUGGGUAAAUUAGUGAACAAAUAAAUGUUCGAAAUUUUAUUUAUACACGGUUAAAAUAUCAAUAAAAUGCAGAAAAUGUAAUUUUCCGUACAUAAGUUUCCAUGUCUACCGUGUGAGAGUCCGAUGGAGAAAACCACAGAGGGUAAAUUUUUGAAUUAUAUGCUGAUUAUUAGGCUUUUCCAGGGGGACUUAAAAUAGAGCGAACAGACAACAACUUCCUCACACCUCGCAGCAUGGAACACCUUAAGGGAAAAUCCCUUUUUCUUCGGCCUAAAUGGUUGAGACGCAUGAAUAAAGAGAUAAUUUUGGUUUUGAUUGUUCA